AUGUUAGAGCUCAAGGCAGGGGUUGAGCCUUUUCAUGGUAUUACCCUAAAAUCAUUGACCAUGCCUCUUGGUCAGAUCGGGUUACCUAUUACUUUCGAUGUUCCUGACAACUUCCAUACACAUAGGCUAACCUUCGAUGUUGCAGACUUCGAGACAACAUACAAUGGAGAUCAACGUGCAGCAUUCAAGUGCGACAAGCAGAGCCUGGAGAUUAUGGAGCACUUCUGCCAAAUGAUGACUACCACAAAAGACAUGGAGUCUAAGCAUCAAAAGUGUCAAGCCACUGGCAAGAUCAAGGACAGUGCCAACAAUUCCAAGCUCUUGAGUCUUACUGAUACUUCCAAGUCUGAUGACACCACCAAAGGUGAGGCCGACGAGGGCGCUAAGGAUAAGAAGGCUGGUGGUGGUACCAAGACAGUGACCCUUGACCCAUCUGAGUUGACUAAGAGUAUCAGGAUUGGGGUUGACCUUGACCCCAAAUAG